AGGGCCGGGGCCCCGCUCGCACCCGCGGACGCUCAUUCAAAACGCGGCCGGGCUCGGGCGCCGGCAGCCCCCUACCCCUGCCCCCGCUCCGCCCGCCCCCGGGCUCCGCGGGGCCGGGCGCUGCCGGCGGGGAUGCCCGGCGGGGCCGCGGCCUGAGACGGCCGCCCGCCCGCCGCCAUGCCGGUGAAGAACCGGUACAACCUGGUGGACGAUGGCUGCGACUCCCGCGUCCCGCUGCACAACGAGGAGGCCUUCCAGCACGGCAUCCACUUCCAGGCCAAGUACAUCGGUAGCUUGGACGUACCCAGGCCCAACAGCCGCGUGGAGAUUGUGGCAGCCAUGAGAAGGAUUCGGUAUGAAUUCAAAGCCAAGAACAUUAAGAAGAAGAAAGUGAGCAUCAUUGUGUCCGUGGACGGCGUGAAGGUGAUUCUGCGCAAGAAGCAGAAGAGAAAGGAGUGGACCUGGGAUGAGAGUAAGAUGGUGGUGAUGCACGAUCCCGUGUACAGAAUCUUCUAUGUAUCUCACGACUCGCAAGACCUGAAGAUAUUUAGUUACAUCGCAAGGGACGGCGCUAACAACUCCUUCAGGUGCAACGUCUUCAAAUCGAAGAAGAAGAGCCAGGCGAUGCGGGUGGUGCGCACCGUGGGACAGGCCUUCGAGGUGUGCCACAAGCUGAGCCUGCAGCACGCCCUGCAGAACGCCGACGGGCAGGCGGACGGCGCCAGCGACAAGUCGGCCGAGGAGCAGCCGCUGGAAGUUCACCAGAUAAAGGGCUCCAAGAUCACGGAUGUGGACGAGGUUGGCAUCGACUCUGAUGGCAUCUGUGCGUCCGAGAGGGGACCCGGAGAGCUGCCCGCUACCAGGGGGGACCUCGGCAUGCUGAAAUCUGGGCAAGCCUCAAAGGAUAAGAACUGCCAGGAUGCCGAGAACUGCUCCCUCCACCCGGCUGGCUCCCAGCAGCUGCUCAGCCCAAGCAGCCCCUGCUCCUCAGCCUCCAUCACCCCGCUGGCCUCCCAGCACUGCCUCCAGCUGCUCCAGCAGCAGCUCCUCCAGCAGCAGCAGCAGACGCAGGUGGCCGUGGCCCAGGUGCAGCUCCUGAAGGACCAGCUGGCGGCAGAAACGGCGGCGCGGAUCGAAGCGCAGGCCCGGGUACGGCAGCUCCUGCUGACCAACCGCGACCUGCUGCAGCACGUCUCCUUGCUGGUGCGGCAGCUGACGGUGCUGGAAGCCCAGGAGCAACACCGGCAGCCGGUUGACCGCUCCUUGCAAAACCUGUCCCUGGCUCAGUCCCUCUCCCUGAACCUGAAGAACCACUACAGCUUGGACGUCCACCUGCCGUCCACCUCCACCCCCGCCAGCAUCCUGGGCAGCCCCGUGGCCCCCGGCUCGCUGCCAGCCCUGGGCCCCGGGGACUCCUACCUCAACCUCAUCAGCCUGGAGAGGGGCGGCCACCGCUACAGCAGCAAGGAGGGGGACGAGUGCCUGGCUGUGCUGGAGGGGCAGGACGGGCUCAGCCGGCGCGUGGAGGGCUCCGAGGUCAGCGACUUCACCCUGCUCAACGGAAGCAGCCGGCAGAAGGUGGAUGACACAGACAGAGGGGACGAGGACAGGCGGCAGCAGCCCAUUCCCAAGCUCAACCCACCACCGCCCAUCCUGCGCAAAAGGUCAAGCAAGACCUCCCCAAGCCUGGAAGUAGAGGUGAAGCCUGAGAGUGCUGCCCACAUGAGCUUGCCCAGCCCCAGCAUCUCCAGCCUCACCAGCAUUGCUGCCAGCUCACUCACCCUCUUGGACCCUGAGGCAAGGACUCCUGCACGGAGCGCUGCCUCCGGCAUAGAGCCCGUCCCUGCUGGGACCUGCCAGCGCGCUCCAGGCAAGGACAGGACUGGAGAGAGUGGGCAGAUGUCCCCCCUGGCCAGCAUCCGUGACCCUGCAGCCAGCGAGGCUCUGGCCAAGGACUUGGCCGCCCUGGCCAGCCCCAUGGACAGCACGCUGCCCUUCUCCCCUCUGGAUGACACCUGCUUGCACAUCAGCUUCUCAGAAGAUGAGCUGCUUGAACCAGAGCUGGACAGUGCUGGGGGGCCCAGCAGGGUCCCCUCUUAGUGGGACCGCAGUAGGUGGCAGCUGGCUGGCAGGCAGUCCCAGCAGUUCCGUCCACGCUGCUCCACCAGCCCACACUGGGGUUGGGGCCCCCUGUGCCCAGGCUGGGAGGCAGGUCCCUUUGCUGUCCCCAUUCCGCACACGCUCCUCCUGCCACGUACGGGGCUGCCACGCAGGUUGUGACCUGGCCAGCCCCUGCCCUCGGUCUGCACCAGCUCACACUGCCUUCCCUCUGCCCCAUCCUCUGGUCUGCUGCCUGUCCUGUCCCUGCCCACACAGCCAGGGGGGCUGCACAGGGUCCCUGUCUCUGGGCAGCUCUCUCCGCUGCUGCCUGGCAGAGGCACGUUUCACGUUCAUCACUACAUCCCUUCUGCUGGCCGGGCGGCUGCAGGCAGCCCCGCACCAGCCCCAGCCUUCCCGCAGCAGCCCGGUGCCUUUCCCAGCCCCUGGCAGGAUGCGUGCCAUUGCCUGCCGGGCAGCUCCGGAGGGCGAGGAGCUGGCAGACAGCGCUGCUGAGGGCCAGGGCACGCUGGACAGGAAUGGCGCUGGUUUGACUUGCUCCAGGGAGGUUCCCACCCAGCCAGCAUUCCCCAUGGGAUGUCCACAGCAGAAACAUCCCCGGGAGCUGAACGACAGGAGCCACUGGGCAGGGGCAUGGCACAGGGCUGUGAACACACAGGCACAACGCUGUGUCACUAACCCGGCCCAUCGGUUGCCACCCGUGGUAGCAGCGUGAGCGGGGCCGUGUGGCACAGCCACGGUGCUGCUCCCCUGCCCGGCUCCCUGCGGUGGGUGCCAGGCUGCCACAGGCCGGGUCUCUCCAGGGCAGCCUGUGUCCACCACCACCACGCUGUGCCCAGCCCAGCCCUGCUUUUGGGGACAGCAGCCCCACUGCCGUGUCCCCACGCAGCAAAGCCACCACUGCCUCCCUCCACAGGUGCCUUUUCCCGCGCCCCAGCACCCACUGCUUGUGCAGGCCGGGGCCACCCCCCCCAGAGGCCACUAAUGGGGUGCGGGGCUGGCCCUGGGAGCCCACUGGUGCAGCAGAUGAUCCCCCGGAGGGAGGGUACCCCCCAUGUUUUGGGGUCGGGGUGGGAGAGCCCUCCCGUGCCUCUCCGAGCUGCGGGUGGCUGCAGGCAGGAGGCUGCUCUAUCGCACUGAUUUUGGGGUGUUAUGGCGUGGUUUGGGUUCGGUCUCGGAAGUGUGAGUGUCCUGGGAUGAGUUAAGGUUUAAGGAAGAAGCCCAGCCCUGGGUGAAGGACCAAGGCGAGGCCCCGGCGGUGCCACGGUUCCCCUUCAGCCCAGGCAGGUUUUGGGGAGGGUACCCAAGGGUACCUCGGUUGUUUGUGAGAGGGUGUUGGGAAAGUCUUGGAGGAUUGAGUUGGGGAAGUGUCAAGCAGAAAUGGAGAUUUGGAGUAGCCACGCUGCCUGCUCCUGGCACGGUGCUGGUCCCCUGGGGCAGAUGGGGGGUGACGGAACAUGCACCCCAGAGCCAGCCGUGGCAAUGCCGGAGCUGGCCAGGAGGAGCCGGGGGGGGGGGCUGGCAGCAUCACCACGGGUGACCGGGCCUGGGGGCUUGUAAAGCUGCGGCUGGGCUGUCCCGUAGUGUGGUAGAGACAGACCAGCCCGUCUGUAGGAAUAAAGUACGCUGCAGUUUGUAACUGACUUUUAAAGAAAAGAAAAAAUAAAGGUGUCCAAUUUGCA